UACCUAAGGGGGGUUGCACCACCAUAAAAUUACGCUGAUAAGCAUGGUCAACCUGGCAUCAAUGCAUUGGAACCAGGGCCGGUGGGAGGAGGCAGAAACGCUUUGUGUGCAGGUGAUGGAGACGAGCAAGAAGCUUAGGGCGGACCAUCCCGACACGCUGACAAGCAUGAACAACCUCGCCCACACUUGGCAGCGUAUGGGAAUGGUAUUGGAAGCUACUAGAUUAAUGCGCGAAUGCGUUCGCCUAAGACAAGGUAAGCUAGGCUUGAAUCACUCAUAUACGAAGGCUUCUGUUUCUACUUUAGAUGACUAGGUUGGCCAGCUCCAAAUUUGAUCACGGAUUUUCUGAGAUUGACUUUGUCUAUCCUCUUAGUAACUAGCUCAUAGCUUCCUCUAUAGCCACCGCGUACUGUAGGUUCAUCGGUUCCGAAGCUUUUGCCAAUGAGGCAUCAUU